AUGCCACUCCUCUCCCCGCUUUCGCAAUGUCUCUCUUCCCUCGCCCAGCUGAAUCACAAAUGGGGUAACCACAGGACUUCAAGAGACACCGUAGGAACGGAAAAGCCUUUGUCAAGUCGUUUGCUGGACGUCUUUUUUCGUACAUGGGAUCUAGGCUUUACAGCCUUCGGAGGACCACCAGUACACUUCCAGAUUCUACAUGCCAGAUUCGUGGAGGGACAGGGCGGCAAAGAGAAAUGGGUAGAUGAGCAGACUUAUCAGGAGCUUUUCGCCAUCUGCCAGGGCCUGCCAGGUCCCGCUAGCACGAAGUUGAUAUUCUGCCUAACUCUGUUUCAUGCAGGAUUUAUUCCUGCCGUGCUUGUGUUUUUUAUUUGGAGUCUUCCUGGCGCAAUUGGAAUGUAUGCCCUCUCACUUGGUGUGCAAAACAUGGGUGAAACCCUCCCGGAACCAGUCCACUCCCUACUCUCCGGACUAAAUGCCUCCACAGUAGGUAUUGUGGCACUUGCAGCCGUACAGUUGGCUGAAAAGGCUAUUCGCGAUAAACUAUCCCGAAUUCUUGUGAUAUUUGGCGCAUGUGCUGGUCUCUGUUACAAUGCGCUCUGGUAUUUUCCUGUGAUGAUGAUUGCCGGUGGUUUACUCACGAGCAUCUGGGAUGGAUGGUUGUAUCAACAAAUUCGAAGGGCGAAGAUGCGUUGGAAAAGCAGACGUAGUGUUACGCAAGAGGUGAAUGGGGCAAACGGGGUUUCCACACGCACGGACUUUAUAACUCUUGAAGAGAAUACAGUGCAAACGAGUGAGACGACGCGAUCGAGGAGGACAGGCCCUGGAAUCGAAGGACUACCCCAGCAUACAGUAGAUGUUACAAGGCCAACGCAGUCCAUUGAAGACAAUUCACAACACAUUAUUCGGAUUCGGGUGGGAGUUUCGGUUCUGGUUCUCUUUUUUGGUUCCUUCAUUGGGAUUCUUGUUGCCAGAAGCCAGCUCGCUGCACCCCCACUGGUUCUCGAUCUCUUUGCCAACAUGUACCUUGCUGGCACUGUUAUCUUUGGUGGAGGUCCCGUUGUUAUUCCCCUUUUACGCUCCUAUGUCGUUGAUCCAGGGUGGGUCUCAAGCAGAGACUUCCUGAUCGGCCUUGCCAUUAUCCAAGCAUUCCCCGGUCCCAACUUCAACUUCGCUGUCUUCUUAGGCGCGCUAACACUACAACGCUCGCGCUUCCCGACCAUCCUCGGUGCAUUUCUUGGCGGCUUAGGAAUAUUCUUUCCGGGAAUCACGCUUGCUGUUGCAAUCCAAAGCUUCUGGCGUGUAUUGCGGAAAAGAAAGUAUGUGAUUGACUUUUUAAGAGGCGUGAAUGCUACUGCAGUUGGCCUAGUAUUCACAGCGGUAUACCGGCUCUGGGAGAUUGGAUACUUGACCCCUGAAAGAAGCGACGGACAGAGUCUGGGGAAGGAACCAUGGUGGGUGGUUGUUGCGGUGGUAACAUACGCAGGGAGUGCAUGGUUCGAUGUGCCACCCCCCAUAGCGAUUGUAAUGGGUGCUAUUUUGGGGUUAUGCUGGUUUGGAGCUGUGGGGCGAUAG